AUGGAGGAGGAGAUAAUUACAAUCAGAGAUUGGCUACUGCAAGGUAUAACCCAAGGCUGGCAGCAGGUGAUUGUCAACACUCAAAAUGGUGAUUUAGGCAAAGCUCUUAAAACUGACAACAUAGUGCCUGUAGAGAUCUCUGUUGUAGCUGAGGAUAUCAAUUCAUAUACAACAAAACUCCAAUUUCUCCCCUAUUUUUUCUUAUCUAAUUUUUUUUCCAAAAUGUUCGAGAAUCCAGCAAAGCCCCCUCCCUCCAUAGCCCCACCACCAUCCUCAACUUCGAUUCGCGUCCUCGCUGCUGAGGACGAAGUCAAUUGA